AUGGGCACGAGCACGCCGUUCAUGCACUAUGGGAACGAAUGGCGCCAGCAACGUAAAUGGUUCCAGUCAGCCUUCCAGUCAAAAAACACGGUUCAGCGCUACCGCCCUUUCCAUCUGCGGGAGGCCCGAAAUUUAUUGUCGCUGUUGUGCGCGACACCCGAUGCUUUCAUGUCGCAUAUCAAGCAGUACGCAGGGGCGCUGAUGAUGGAGGUAGCCUAUGGACAGACUGUAACGUCUUUGGAUGACGAGUUUUUGCAUCUGGCGGACACGGCAAUGACGGCAACCGUUGAGGCAGGAGGUGCAAUGACGACAUUGGUUGACUUCCUCCCCAUCAUCAAGUACUGGCCUACAUGGCUUCCAGGGUCUGGCUUCAGAAUGAACUCGAUGAAGACAGCGAAGAUGCUGAGGAAAAUGUUGGACAUCCCGUACGAAAAAGUGAAGGCGAACGUGGUUGCUGGAUCUGCCAAGCCAUCGCUGAUGGUGUCCAUCCUCGAAGAAAACGUUAAUAUUGAGAGUAUGACUGCCGAGCAUGUGGAAAAUAUGAAAGGGGCUGCGGCUGCGGUAUAUGGUGCUGGUGCAGACACGACCAUCAUGAGUCUAUCGACAUUCAUCCUUGCUAUGGUUUUGCAUCCGGAUAUCUUCCUCAAGGCGCAAGCAGAGGUUGAUCGAGUGAUCGGAGGCUCUCGGUUGCCUGACUUCAAUGAUAGAGAUUCUUUGCCCUAUUUAGAGUGCGUUCUGAAGGAAGUAUAUCGAUGGGGGUGUCCUGUGCCCCUCGGAAUACCCCACAAACUUAUUGAAGACGAUGAGUACUGUGGAUACUACCUACCUGCCGGAUCUACUGUCAUAGCUAACAUCUGGGCUAUGACACGGAAAGCGGAGAGCUAUCCUGACCCCGAACGAUUUUGGCCAGAGCGAUUUGAAAAAGUCGACACCGAGGCAGCCGAUUUGCUCGAUCCGCGCAAACUUAUCUUCGGUUUCGGUCGACGAACCUGCCCCGGCCGCAUUUUGGGUGACAGCAGCGUCUGGAUAGCGGCCGCAAGUAUUCUAGCUACGAUGGACAUUCGCAAGGCACGCAUGGAGACCGGGGAGGAGAUUUUGCCUGAGUUAAAGUUCCUCGCUGGAAUUAUCAGCCACGUCGCUCCCUUCAAGUGUGAUAUACGACUACGCCCCGGAAAAAUUGUACCGCAGAUUGGCAGCAGCGCAUAA